GGGCGGCGAUGGAGAGCCCGUCCUCGGCGGCGUCGCGGGUGGACUUCUACGGCUUCCUCGACCGCAUGCGCCGCCCCGCCGCCGCCGGCCUCUUCCGCUCCAUCAAGAGCUUCCUCGCCUCCCUCUCGCUCGACGCCGAGGUGGACGGCGCCAGGGUCCAGGCCUUCUACGCGGCGAUGGAGGCGGCCUUCAGGGAGCACCCCCUCUGGGCCAACGCCACCCACCAGGAAAUCGACCACGCGCUCGAGGGCCUCGAGAAGUACAUCAUGACCAAGCUCUUCGACCGCACCUUCGCGGCGUCGGCGGAGGACGCGGCCGCCGACGCGGAGGUCUCGGAGAGGAUCGGCCUCCUGCAGCGGUUCGUCAGGCCUGAGCACUUGGACAUACCCAAGGUCCUGCACAACGAGGCCUCGUGGCUGCUUGCAGUUAAAGAGUUACAGAAGAUCAAUUCCUUCAAAUCGCCACGGGAAAAGCUUCUAUGUGUUAUGAGCUGUUGCCAAGUCAUCAACAACUUGCUGCUAAACGCGUCGAUGUCAAAUGACCGAACACCAUCUGGGGCUGAUGAGUUUCUUCCAAUUCUCAUUUAUAUUACUAUAAAGGCCAAUCCUCCUCGUCUGCACUCAAAUCUGAAGUUUGUUCAGCUUUUUAGAAGAGAAACUAAGCUUGUUUCUGAAGUGGAAUACUAUCUCACAAACCUCAUUUCAGCAAAGAUGUUUAUAGUUAAUGUUGAUGGCCACUCGCUAUCCAUGGAAGACAAUGAGUUUCAGAUGCAUAUGGAAACUGCAAAACUAGGUACUGAAAUAUGUGUUGCAAGCCUUAGUAGUCCGCAAGGGUCGGCUACAUCUACGAGGGGACUACAAAAGCAAACUGAUACAGAAGGUUCCAGAUUCCCUUUCAUGGACUCGGAAACUGAAAGUUUGACUCCAGCAGAACUCAAGCAGCUGCAUGGGCUCUACAGGCAAGUAGUCACCAGAUACACAUCGCUGUCUAAAGCUUUAAGGAAGUUAUCCAUAGACGAGGAUCAACUCCUUGCAUCAGUAGAUGACGAUCCCUGAACUGAUGCGAAGAUGCUGUCCAGAGACGGUAUCGGUUGAUUUACAAAACUACCUCCAUAUCCAUGUCACUCACACGGUCACACCCGUGCGAUGGUGUAAAACAUGUGUACAAAGUUUUCCAUCAGCUGGAAGAAUACGCACGAGGUUUGAUGCCAUGCUUGCUCGUGCUACUGCAAUCAAUGCACCCACAACAAGGACCCAAGGAUGGGCUACAGACCGGAUGUUCUUCUCGUCAUACCUUCAGAAUAGGCAUUGGGUGUUGCAUGUAGCAGCUGCAGGUCUUAUCCGUUUGAAGUUCUCCGCGCUGAGAGAUACACCCUCUUCCUCGGUGCGUCUGCCUGCGGCAUCGCAAGUGACACGUCCUAGUUACCUGUGCCUCCGGUCUGCUCAUGUUUCGGGUUGGUUCAUUCCCCCGAUAAGCAUCUGUCGAAGUUCUCCUCAUCGGCUCUGCACUCAGCUGCAGACUGAUGCUGCUGCAACCCAUACCACCUGCCUAAUCUGGUCUGCUUUUGCUUUGUUUGGCAAUCCCUUAAUAUGCAUCCGUGGAAGUUUCCUACAUCAGUGCUGCGGGCAGCUGCAGAUUGAUGCUGCCGCAACCCAUACUACCUGAGUAGUCAAUCACACCUUGCUACAGUACGGCUGGCUCCCAGUUGGGUCUUUCUCUCCUGGUCUUUCACUUCUGGACAGCUGCUGGCAAAGACAUUUUGUCAAGGAAGGACAAAUGUCUGAAGCUUUAUCGCAUGUUUGUUUGCUUUUUUGUAUGUUUGAGUUUUCAAAGUUGUGUCUGACAAUGUUCUGUAGUGUGUUGAGUACUUUGAGAACUUCAUGUUGUACCGCGGACAGGGUGUAACGCACUGGUAUGGUAACAUAAGUCUGAAGCUACGAAUGCGCUAGUACAAGUAACAUUUUCCUGAUCAUGUAAAACUUCAGCAACAUGCAGAUUGUAAUUUCAUACCUCGGUGCUAAUAUGAUACCUAUCAUGUAGGUCCUCUGCAA